GGUGUGGCUUAAAGACAAUCUAGUGUAGCCGCUGAUACAUCUAUAUAUAUAGUACCCAAUACGCACAUAGGCACGCUAGCUUCUAGUUCCUUGAUUAUACUAUACUUCUCUGUAAGUACUAGUUUGUUCUUGAUGGCUUCUUCACUUGUGAGAAUCAUCAUCACUGCUUACAAAUACCUACUUAGAUUUGCAUUUUUAUUUCUCAUCCCUCUUGUUAUGGAAUUUAUGAGUACUGAAAAUGUAGUAAUGGGUUCUUUAUCUCUAGCCCUCAGACUCAGAGAUGACGUCACUUUGAGGAUCACAAGGGUGAACAAGGCACUUGAUGGAUUGGUGCCAUUGAAGCUCCAUGGAAAACUGGUAAAAACCACAUUUUCACUCCUCCGCACAUGGAAAAACAUGCUUGUCAAUGCCCUAAUUUUCCUUAUCAAACAUGUUUACAAGUUCGUUUUGGCUCAAAUUGACUCACCCUGUUCAGAUCCUCUCAAACCCACCAAGAAUUUCACUUCUACAGAUAUGCAGAGCAAUGGAUUAAGCGAGUUUAGUCUCGAAGAGUACAUGAAUUCGAAGCUGAAAAGAGUAAAUACAGGACUUGAUGAACCAGUCCCAUUAGAAACCCCCAAAAAGAAGGGCAAGGCGAUGAGGUACUCGCUUCUUGGAGGAGCGAAGCGUUUGAGGACUAUUAUCUGUAUUGCUUCGUGUGAAUUAGUAGGUGGAGAUGAGGCAUUGGCAAUGCCAAUCGCAUGUACGAUGGAGUUUAUUAACAUUUGCUCGUCAGGUGGCGAAGAAGUCGCGAAUCUCGCUAGCACCGCGCUCUUCUAUCUUCCGUUUGAGCACAUAGAUGUUCCGCUGAACCGGGUGGUUCGAGCCAUUGUGGAGCUGUGUUCAGCGAUCUGGUCCGACUGCCUCAUGGCAGGGCAAUUUGGGGAUCUUGAUUGUGAAGGGAAGGAAAUUAAUUUGGAGAAAUUAGAGCAUAUUCAUUUGAACAAAACCGCGAGGCUUUUAGAGGCCUCGGUCGUUUGCGGAGCGAUAAUUGGAGGGGGGAGUGAGUCCGAUGUGGAAAGACUCAGGAAGUACGGGAGUCGUAUUGGGUUGUUGUUUCAAAUGGUGGACGAUAUCUUGGAAGUGACAAAGUCGACGAAAGAGUUGGGGAAGACCGUCGGGAAGGAUUUGACGAGCAAUAAGACUACUUUCCCGAAACUGAUGGGGAUUGAGAAAGCAAGGAACUUUGCGCAAAAGUUGGUUGAUCAAGCAGUAGAAGAGCUUGCACAUUUUGAUGCCGCAAGGGCUGUUCCUUUGUACCAUUUAGCACAUUUCAUUGCCGACCGUCAAAAUUAGUGGUGGUGUUUGUCGUAGUAUUGGUCAAACCGGCCCUACUAUGGUUAAAGGUAGAAGGGAAAUAAUAUGUAGACAUUAUUAUGCUCAUUCUCAUUUAUUGCAUAUUGUUUUUUCUUUUUUAAUGGUGUUGCUCCCAUAUGAAUUAAUGAGAUAGUUUUAAAUUUAA